AUGAAGACAUCUCAUGCAAGCUUUCGCUUCCGUCCUAUCGUUGUAUGUUUAUUAUUCAACUACGUCUGGUCGUCUCCGACUCCGUUGCUCUUCGCAAACGACGACAUAUACGAAGUUCAGAACGAUGGGAAUGUGGAAGAACAUCGAUUUAAUAGCAAAGGUGUCCAAUGGAAGAUUCAAACGAACUUACACAGACUAGAAGUUCUAUCGAAUGACCUGGCUUUAAGUAUACCUUUAGAGAGUUGCAUUGAAGAAAAAUUGACGGGACAGAUCAAGUAUGAAGACCAGGGGGAGAAAAAUUCAAAGUUUGAAGAAAUACACGAGGUAAUGUUUAGCCAGUUUGUGGCUUUCUUAGCAACUUCAAUUCGCUUUAUAUUGAAAUAACAAGUCUUCCCUGUGUUCCCUUGAGGACCCCCCGCUUCCUUGUUUUACUUUCCUUGACCACCUGCGCAAUUCUAGCUUACUUCGACUGUAGGCUACCCAUCGAAGCAGGAAAUUUACUCUGUAACCAUACACGCUAACUUAUACUGGAGAACUCGAAAUGUUAUUGCUUAUGACGUAACAAACGAGGAUGAUUUCUUAUUAAGCAAAAUUAUUUCUUGUGCUAAAAAAUUAAACAUUCCCUGAAAAUUAUGACAAUCUAAGAUUAAGAGGCAUCGAUCAAUAGCAAUCGGAAACAUCCCCCUUGAGAAUGUGCAAUAGAUUUUCAAUCAUUAGACUUUUGCCGACAAUAUUCAGUAUACAUUUUCUUUUUAAGGAGAAAAUAUAAUUGGACUUCGUGAAUUUACAAAUGCUUUUGUCCGCGGUUUUCGUAUUGGAUCUCGGGUCCAGUGGAAUCUUUUCAGGUUUGCUUGUAGUUGACAUUACCAAGUUUGGUAGCCCAAAACAUAUACUAUCAAUCAGAAAUGAAUAAUUAAACAGAAAUUGUUAAACGAGAUGUUCGAUGUUCGGCGUCUGUCCUAGGAGUCAUCGAUGAUAAAUGUCAGGAAUGGACAUGCGUAUUUUUUUUAUUUCUAUUUUUGAGUAACUUCCGCAAUACCUGCACCUCAGCAAGACUAAAAACUUAACUGCCAAGUUUCGAAACCUAUUAUGGUAAAUGAAAACUAACUUUUAACAAUUGACUUAGCUCAAAUCACUACACAAAGCAUACCGAUUCCAACACAGAUUAAAAAUACAUAGAGAUAAAAGAUAAAUAAAAUAAUAAAGAAUGUAACAGUAUAUCGAUUUAUGGUGAGGAAAGGUUAGGGUUAUUCAAAUAUGACACCUAAAAUAUCUGUCUGGUUAUUAAGGCUGCCGACCGUUUGCUUUUUAAGUGAUUAAUUAUGCAGCUGUGUUUGCUAUGGUUAAGAAUAUAUGAAAGUCAUAUUCUGGUUAUUUAGAACCAACUUCAUGACCAGCUCCCAGUUGGCUUGUUAGCUCAGUUGGUAGAGCGCUGCACAGGUAUCGCAGAGGUCAUGGGUUCAAAUCCCGUUCAGGCCUGAAUUUUUUUCAGGCCUUGUUUUCACUACUGCCUAAGUAGUGCACAUUACUGCAAGGAUCACUUUCAUUCAUGUGUUUGUUAUGCCACCAAACUAAUAUUUAGUCCUUAGGCAUUUUCGCCCCAGCAGAGAAAUAAGAUGAGACUGAACAUAAGGGAGGAUGUGACAGGGCAGAGAAUGAUAUAUCGAAAGUGCUAUUAGGGGGAAAAACUCGCUGCAACGUGUGCCGUACUAAGCGGAAAAAGCCGACGAGUCUAGACCUGUCCUUCUCAGUCUUAAUCUUUGUUCUUUAAAACAAUUUUACCUCAGCUGUCUUACCCUGAAUGACUCUGACUUAGUCGCAUUUUUCUGAUUGUUUAACUCUAAUCUACUGAAACGGACCCCUAUAGUCCACGUAUUAACCAUUGGUAGGCUCGAGUGGGCAUACAGGAAACUGACCUUGGGAGAUUAUACACUUUUUGUCAGACCAUUAACCCAAGCACCUUUUUAAUUAACCUGAUUAACCAUAGAAAUUUAAUAAAAAACGUCAAAAUCAGGAAUCUCAUCAUGAUAGAUAGAACCCAAACAACUUAACCCAAAUGGUUAUGGGAAAGCUUAAUGUAGACCCCCCCCAUGACUUACACGACUGAUAUUUCAUAUGUGUGCGUUGAUUUUCCCGUCUCACCUCUUUAAGAAAACAUCACGCACUAUAAUAACAUAACAUAACUGGACAAAAAUAUAUCAUAGAUAAUGUAUAGAUAAUUAAAUUAUAAUUCAUUGCGGGAUACGAAAUCUCUUUUUGACAAUCCUAAUUAGAGUCAGUUUUUCCAUCAAUAUUAUUUCAUUUUUGUCUCACUCAGAAAGCGGGAUUUCGCCACGUUCAUCGAUCCAGUAUGGCGGUCAGGCCCCACUGUGUAUUCGACGUGAUUGUACCAUUUGAAAACUCUUCCCAGUCCGCACGUAUACCAGGGGAGUUUUGCACUCCUGAGCACGUGACUGGAGGAGCAGCAGUUGGUGAUUACAAUGGAGACGGACUAGAAGACAUUUAUUUCUCCGUUUUUGAGGGAAGAAGUGUCUUGUACAAAAACAAUGGUAAGUCAUAGAUCCAUAAUUACCUAAGAAAUAGCCUUCGUGUAACACAAACUCACAUGGCUACCCGAGCUCGUCCUGACCUCUAUAGCAUGAAGCUACACGAAGUUUUUUCCUUCUUCUGGCUGAGAUACAUCUUCAUUUCGUUUCAUCGGGUUAUACUAUUGAAAAUUAUCAUUCCAUAUUAUCUGCUAAAAACUUCGUCUCUCCAUGAACGCUGCAAUGGAACAGAGUACAUGAGAGCUCGAGACACAAUUAUCUCGAAGCUUAAGUCUGAGUUUAUGCCAAUUUGUAUUAGUAGGAUGGCAGGAUGUGUUUUCAUUAAUUACGAUGAACACAAAUCCCCUUGCCAGGCUCUCACGCAGUUUUUGUAUCUACCCGGGUUUUUUAUAGGCCAAUUAGUAAUUAAUAGACGUCCUUGAAUUGAACUCCUGAGUGGCCAAAUUGCUUUUUGGUUUUUCAAGCUUACCGUGCACUUGAGUGUCAGCCUUUUCUCUCUAGGUGACGGAACUUUCACGGAUGUUAGCAAAGAGACAAAUAUUGGACCCAGCUCUCGCGCUAAUGGAGCCGUUUGGGCUGAUUUUGACCAAGAUGGAGACAUGGACCUUUAUGUGACAACAGUGGGUGACACUAGGCAUUACUUGUACAUUAAUUACGACGAAUGGUUUAUAGAGGAGGCCAUUAAGAGAAACUGUUCUUUGCAAACAAGCGACAAGAGGAAACUAUCUGGAAUGACACCAAACGUCGGUGAUUUUGAUAAUGACGGAUUUGUAGAUAUUUACGUAACGGAAUGGCUUCCACACACUUUGGGAAAGGUAUAGUUUGAUAAGUUUUUCACUGUGGGCAAAUCAUACAAUGUCAAGGUGUGUUGACUUUUUACCGACAUAAUAGGAACACCCGACGUUUAUGAUUGAUUUAUGGGUUGCACGAAUGCUUUGGACCGAUCAUAAACAGUAUAUGUCCUCUUGAUAAAGGGCUUGAAAUCCCUCAAAAGUGAACCUUCACCAGUUUGGUGCCGCCAAAACUGAGCUCUAACGCUACAGAUGUUGGGAGCAAGGCGUAGUUCAUGAUGAAAAAAGGUAAACAUUUGGUGAAAACUGUAACUUUAAAUCAAGUUAUGCAGUUUUUAUUUAAAUUCUAUUUCAGCCUUCAACUUCUCGGCUUUUAAGGAACAAGGGCUAUCUUGCUAGUGGGUGAGUGAAAAGAAUAUUUAUCCUAGUUUGAUCUUCCAUUAUGUACUUCCGGGAAGUGUGAUAGUUCCAACUGUAUUUCUAUUGUGAUAAAAUAACCCUUAAAGAUCGUUUUGCGCAGGGUUGCACGAGGAUUGCACGUUUAUACAGCAUUGCAUUCAUUAACUCUCUGUUGGUUGGAUUUUUUUCAGGUACUUCGAAGAUGUAACUUUUAGUAGUGGGGUUGAUAUGGACAAUUAUUACCACGGCUCCUCUCUCAAUCGAGGCACUUACACCUUUGGGUCUUCAUUCACAGUAAGCUUGAAUUUCAUUACAAUUUUCUUCGUAUAGUUCUCUAUACUUGGUAUAGGGGGAUUCGCAGUAUUUAUGACGCCGCCAAAAAGCGAGCGAGGUGGGGGGGAGGAAGAAAUGUGCUCUGAAGUAUUCUACGACCCAAUCAGCCUAUCAGUGUAGAUUCGUCUUAAGCUUGACAUCCAAAUUUGGAAGUUUCUGAAUUAUAAAGAGCAAGGGUAUUUAAGGGCUCACUUCACCUGUUUUUUUUUAGUCUGGAAAGAAAGUGAAGUUUUUCGGUUUAGCAAUCCAUUAAUGGUCAAUAAACUAAAGAAAAAAAAUUUUGCAGGCACAAUCCUUUAGCAAAAGUUACCCAAAUCGAUGAUCUUAGUUACUUUUAUAAGCCACUCCCAUUAGAGAUAACCCAAAUGAAAAGAUGUCGGUUAAAAAUCCCAAAUGGUUGGAUGAAUACCACAUAUGCCCUUUUUAAAAGCAGCAAGUGAAGAAGUCGUACUUGGUGCGACCGAUAACACAUCCGGUGGGAAGCAGGACCCCCCUAGAUUACAAGUGCAGUAACCCAAAGAUUCUGAUGCGAGGCUUUCUUAAUCCUGCAAAACUAAUUAAACUUGAUUUACACGGUAGGACUUUGACAGUGACGGAUGGCAAGAGCUCCUUGUUACCGCUGAUUAUGGCGAUAGCAAGAUGUUUUGGAACACGCAGAAUAACACCUUUAACGAAUGCACGCAGCCUUGUGGACUUACUGCAAAACAGGUGGGUCUCGUAGAGGAUGUAAACGAAAUUACCCAUCCUUUGUUUAAUUCCUUGUGGAGGACGUCUCAAUCACACAUCUUUAAUAAGUUUUCUGAUAGGUAAUGUGUUCAGACAUACUUAUCUUUUCCAUUCUUUCUAAUGUUUUCGGUCUUCGGCGUGUGUCGAUCUAUUCUUCAAGAUGAGGAGCUUGUAAGAUAGGCAUACAUGAAUCUGUGAAUAGACGCAAUGUCAUCGCUGAAUAUUCCAAUUCGUUUGAAUGCAUGUAGUAUCUAGGCCAAAUUAGGAGUUGCAUUUGUACACAGUCACUUGUUUGUUUUUAGGUGUCAAAUCAAUAUUGUCGUUUUGUUCUGCAGCUUAAAAAGUUUAUCAAUUUUGCUAUAUCCUAUUCUGGCAUAAGGGUUCUUUGAUAACAUUUAUUUCUCAUCUCAGGACGCCAUGGGCCAUGCAAUCGGAGACUGGGACAACGAUGGAAAUCUUGACUGGUUUUCUAGUGCUAUCUGGCACAACAGAACUGAGUGUUCCGUAUCAGGAUGUAAGUUUGAUAACUCUGGGAAUGUGUUGUUUCGUAACCUGGGAGGCAGGCGAUUUGAAGAUGCCACAAUGCAGGUACUCGAAUUUCACUUACAUUGCCAUAGUUGUUGUGUGAUGUUAAGAUUGAAAGACUUAAGAUAUGGAAAAGUCCAUUUCAAAUUCUAGUCUCGGCAAUCCUUUUCUUUUCAAUCCAAAAGUGUCACAUGAAAUGGUGGCAGUUAUCUGUCAUUGAAUCGUAAAGGAAAAGUAAAAUUACGAAAUGCGCUGGGAGGGGAGGCGACACGGAGGGGACUGUUAACUUUUCUUGACCGCGGGUAGGGUAAUCAAUCAGAUUGCAGCAUGUGCGAUAGGACUUUGAUAGAUUUAUGCUAAUAAAGCGUAGCCGAUUAGUAGAAAGCUUUGUGUUAUAAUUGUCUCUUUGAUAAGUGAUCUGACGGAUUUCCCAUGUUUACAAUUAUUUGUAUUUUUCAAGACUUGCUUCAGCCUUGAAAAGUGUCGUAUUUACCCCCAUUAUGGAAGAAGUAAUAUAUUUUUUGGUCUUUUUAUGCAGGCCGGUGUAACAAAUGGCGGCUGGGGAUGGGGCGCGGCGUUCAUUGACUUUGAUAAUAAUGGUUUUCUGGACAUCAUUAUGACAAGCGGUAAUUACGUUUAGCCUUAACUUACUUUAAGCUGUCUUGUGAAAUCUCUUCUGACACAUGAAACACAUUCUAUCUUAGGCAUCGAUUUUCCCACAACAACCACGGACGAUCAUUUUCGCGGCAAUACCAUACAUCUGUGGCGAAACCUCGGGGCUGGUUACAAUGGAACAACUCAAGAGGUAAACAAAACAUUAUGCUGCGACGACUACACUAAGUGUUGGAAGGUUUAUUUUCUAUUUUUCGUAAAAGAAUUGUGGAGCAACUCGAGAGGUAAACGAAACAUUAUCCUGUGAUCACCUAAAUUGAAAUUAUCACUUAGUCCUGGAAAGGGUUACUCUUGCUUUUUCGUGUAAGUAUUUUUUUAAGUUCAUUCUUUUGUCUUUUACAGGUUUCUGCUUUGUACGGUCUGAAUGGCACUGCUCAGGGGCGUGGUCUGUUAAAGUGGGACUUUGAUGGUGAGACAAUUCAUUCCUAAGCCUUUCAUUUCUAGGGGUGACCAACCAAUAAGUAAAUCUACUCUAUCAUACGAAUAAAUUAUCAAGAAGAAAGAUUGAGAGAAAAAUAAGAAGAUCCCCAAGUGAUUAACACUGGUUAAUUCAACAGCAAAUACCAGAGGUUAACUUACCCGGAAUUGUACGGCAGACAUAGAGAAAUGAUAUUGUGGGCUUAGGAGUAAUGAAAGAACUUUACCUAAUACUACGCGAGAAUAACGUACUUAGGAAGCAAUCCUUUUUUCGUGAAAGGAAAGCUUAGAUUGCCUUAGUCUCUUAGAAAAAAAAAUAGUUUACCAGCUGAGUGUAUGUUAUUUGGGCCACAGAUCGCACUUUCUAUCGGUUUACCGGGUAAUAACCCACGCAGUACUUUGAAAGAAAACGAAUAGAUGCCUUUUUAAAAAAAUUUUUCUUGCUAUAAAAAAUAGGUUUUUGAUCAAUCAAGGCUUUCUUAUUAUCUCAGUUAAUCUGGAGAUACAGUUGUUGUUUUUUAUUUGUCAUGAAUAAGUUACCUUUCCUUUUGCGGAUCCUUUCAUAUUUUGUGGACGAAUCGGGUGAUUGAGAACUGCAAUGGAUACAUCUUAUUUUUUUUUCUGCUUUUAAGAUGACGGCGACGAAGACAUCGUAGUGUGCAAUAACGUUGGAGAACCAUUUUUCUACCAAAAUCAACAAAAGGAGUCAAACAAGUGGAUAAGAAUACGUGUCAUGCAUCGGUAAUUUUAUUAUUUUCCACGAGAGUAGAAAUGUAGAUUUCCCUUUUUUUACUAUGCCACAACAGCGAUGCCGAAAUUACUUAGUGAGUUCAGAUCUGUAGACGCUUCAGUAAUUGUGAAGGAAUCAAGCCCCAACCAUAAAAUGUGAUAUUAAAUCAUAGAAGCUGAAAUGAAAUGCUUGCCCUACACUUAAUAGCAAAUCUUAACACAUAAAAUAAUUUCCAAUUUUCCUCCAUCUCUUUCUUGGUGGAGGUUAGAAGUCUAUUUUGUUUGUAACAUUAUCAUUGCAGCUGCCUUAUGCAUUAUGAUAAGUUGUGUGACAGUCUCGGAGCCCAAGUAAAAGUUAUCAUGGAAAACGGCCACACUCAGGUAAAAUGUCUAUUCAGACAUGUAACAUAAGUGUUUUGUACGUACGUCCCUUCAGUAGGAUCUCUAGCGUAGCUGCUUGUUUAACCUAAUAUAUAGAUUUAGGUAAGCCUAAAAGCGGAGCUCUUUUUUUUUUCCCCGCACAUCUCUUCAACAAAACUGAAGCCCCUACUAUGGAUAAAGUGCGUGGUAAUAUCAAUGGAUUUUCAUUCGCAACUUCUCCGUGCCCGUGUAGAGGACUGAUUAUAAGAUAGUGCCCGUGGUACAGUUGGCCGCGCAUGCUAAAAGUAGCACCUUGUACGGUUGGUCGUAUGGUCGUGCAUCCAAAUUUUUUCGGCUUGAUGGGUUACUACUAUUUUGUAUAAUUAUAGGGCUACGCUCUGCGAGCUCCGCUAUUACCUAAAAUCACUACGCAUAUUCCUCAUACUGUUAUCUCUACGUUUUUUAAUAUGAUAUUCCUUAGCUGGCAAUCACUGAUUUAUUUGAUUCGUGCACAAACUCGAACAAUGAUCGCCCGACGUAAUCGAGGAAUAACUAUUAGAGAAUUGAAUCGUAUAUCAGGUAGCCAUCGAUGGCAACUGAAAAAUAGAUGUCUUAUCCACCCCCAUGCAAUUGCAGACGCAAGAAAUUGGUUCCAGUACACACUAUUUGGGUCAGAGUUCACAUGCGGCUCACUUUGGACUGGGACAGGACAGUGGUAACGUAACAGUUAAAGUCAGGUGGCCGUAUGUAAAAAUGGAUGUAACCUACACCAAUGUGACCCCCAAUACACGAUUACGAGUUUUGCAGCCAGAGAGGUAAUUUCUCCACUCGAAAAAUAUUUUGUUUUUCAUGUCUUACGGCACAUAAUCAUUCGGAACCUUUUGACCAGACCCUUCACUGCUUUUUUUUUCAAGAAUCAUCCCGAACUAUUUCUUUUAGAUGUAAUGGAUACAAUGUAAGAUUCGACUGACCGCAAUUUAAAACAUAAGGUCACCUCUGGCAAAUGGUCGAAGCUCUAAGAAAUGCACUCGAUUAAAAAACACAUCUACUUCCUCGACACACAAAUCGAAAUCAGGUGUAUCUAGUAUUUCUUUGACCUCAAAUAGUACUCUGUAUGUUUUACCUCGCAAAUUCUGCAUGUAUUUCAUAUGAAGACAGAGCCCUGAGGAGAUUUAACUAUUCGACGAGUAAAUGUCAGCCUACCUUUUAAUUGUGACCACGUUUCUUGUUGAUGUUGUUGAUGUGAUUGUUGUUUUUAACUAAAAAUUUUGUUUAUAGACCUGCUGACUCAGGAAAAGUGUUUCCAUAUUCCUCCCUGGACAAGUGCUACGCAAUAAAAGUAAUGGAGAUUACAAAACAGGUAACUAAAGCGUAUUGCAUGCACACAAGAAUCAGACCCACUUUUUUGCAGUAAUUCCCAUCUAAUCCAUUUCAACUGAUGUUCUUUGGUUCGUAUUCAGCUACCAGAUGCGGUGUUAAAAUUAGGGGAAAGUGACACUCGAUAUACUAUUGGUGCCUUGUCAAUUUAAGUAGAAAUUAACAACAGGGUAAAAAUGAAGAAAAAAGAAAAAAAAUUAUUCCCCCAAAAAUGUUUGCUCAUUUUGAAAUGCUGUAUAUCCUUUCGGUGCGAAGUGAUUUGAAUUGAGAUGGAACACUCAAAAGCACUUAACCCUUAAAGUGACGAAAAUAAAGAAAAAUAGCAGUUUGGGGAUUUUUAGUUGAUCCAAUAUCAAAUUCUCCAAAUUAACAUCAUGAGAAUUGUAUGGCAGAGAGUAAGUAGAGUUACUGAUGAGAUCCUGGGCGUGAAAGGGUUAAGUAAUGAAGAGCGUGUAUUCUUUUUUCCUAACAUGGUGGUUAAGUUUCGAAUAGUAGACAACGGAUUUUGUAAGAUUAAAAAGUACGAUAACGAUGAUGAUUUCGCUAAGAUAUCUUUAUUUUUACGUAUGAUAUAGAACUUUUUUUUAGGACUUGCCAUAUAAUAUGAGGAAAGGGUUCGUUAUGUCAAACGUUUGUUGUAUUCAGAUUCCUUAAUUAUCGAUACCUUUUAGUUUUUAUUGAGCUGCAUAAUGUCGGUAGCUAAAGAUCUAGAGUUCUUCCACGAACAUGGCACCAAGAACUGCUAUACCUCUACUCUACUGCUAUAAGUAAUUUUUUUCUCUGUGAAUCCUACUUGAGGAUGCAAAUGAUUAAAAUGUCUGAGAACUGUUUUUAUUUUAGCCUCCUCAUGCGACUGUUACCAUCAACCCAAGUGGAAGAACAGUCAAUUUCCAAAGGAAACCAGGAAUACCGCUGGCAGAGAUAUCCACCGAGGCCUUCACUUAUAAAGUGGGUCUGGUGCCUACCACUGGUAAUCAACAGCUGUUGGAUAAUGCCACGUGUCUUGUGAUAUUUUCCUCUGAAAGAAACUACACUGAAAGUGAGUGUCAUGGUGGUAGAAAAAUUGGACCCAGGCCGACCGUAACAAAAGGAAGGUAAAUCAAAGUUUAAUUCUUGAAAAUUGUGUCGCAAACGGAUAAUUGUUGGUCUCUCUUCAGUGACUUGUUCAACAUUUUUCAUCAAGGGCAGCUUAGGUGAGCUUUUAUAAAUUUUUUUCUCUAAUCAUGAUUUUCUUUUCUCACUUUCACCAUGGAAGUUUGACUACCUUCAAAUCUGUAAAGUCGUGAGUUUACCGAAGCAUUUAACUAUUCUCUUUUGUUUUUCGAAGAAUAUGCAUGAUAGGCCUUCUGUCUCAAUCUUCUAGCUCGAUAACUUGUAGGCAUGUUAUUUUAUAUUUUCGAAUUCAUGAUCACAAACAAAGUGCCAGUAAUUUCUCUUUACAGGAACGCUUCAAUAUGACGUGACGUUUAUUGUUAAACUCCAGAAUGAAUAAGUCAUAUUCUUGUAAUCCUUAAAUCUUAUAAUAAGUUUCUCUCUUUAAUAGACGUCUUGAUGGUACUUCAUACAAUAAAUUCCACGUUUGGUGGGGUGCCGCGAUGGAGGACGUGACACGCGACGUACCUGCCAUCUAUCCUGAUGGCAUUGCCUUGCCUGCUGGGACAUGUUCUCCAGAGGAAAAAAAAGCAGGAAAAUGUAGAUUCAUGGAUGAAGUGAAUGGAUUUGGUAGUCAUAGGCCCCCACCGAGAACAAUCAGCAAUGCUCUCUUUAAACAGGUGAGGCACGUCUACGUUUCGAAUGGAUCCACGUGUUUGUGCUGAUAGGAUGUCAAGGGUUUAGUUACAGAUAGGUAACUUACUAUCUAUGAAGAUGAAGUGGGACUUUAUUAGUUCCUCAAGGUAGCCAAUCAGAGAUUUUGCUUUUCCAUGGUGCUAUGGUUCUGAUUUUUUAAAUGAGAAAUAGUUUUUCCGUCUUUUGGCGGAAAAUAGUUUCUACCACACCCCAGAUGGUUUCUCCAUUGCAUCCUUAAACUAUUUGAAGAGCAACCCCUGAGAAAAGUAAUUGCUUCAUAUUUAGGAAGUCUUAGAUCGUAUACAGAUUUGCACAUUUUUUAUCCUUAGAUCUCGCUGAAACAAUGUAUUUUUAUGUUUUUGCCCUAAUCACUGAGUGAAAUGAAAAAAGGCCCGUUUUAUACAAUUAUGACAAUUGACACUAUUGUUUGUUUAUUUAUGUUGUUUGUUUGCAGAUUGAAUCUAAGAUUAGCGCUAGACGUCUCAAUGAUCUACACUCUCACUUCGGUCAGGUAACAAAUCCAUCCAUUUAUUCAAUAGAAGUUUAGUCAAUUAACAAACGAUUUAACAAUGCAAUUUUAUUUUUGUAGUUCUUGGUGCACGACACGGAUUUCUCUAGCCCACUACCUCGCUACGAGUUUCAGGGAGUUUUGAGUGAUGUUUGGCUUCCUAUAAAAGUGCCAAAGGUGAGUCCUCAGUACCAAUUAAUAAAACAAAAGGGUCUUCCCUGUGAUAGUGACUUUCUUAUUUUGAUAUAAUUAACUUAUGGACAUGAGGCCAAAAACGUAUUUUUAGAGGACUUUAGGAUGGGUGGAAUGUGUUCGCUUUCCAGCGUUUGUCAAAUUCCUGUUUAUUCUAACCCUCUCUUGUCAUAACUCUCACAGCUUUUAUCGAAUUUGGCUUCGUCGCCGCUUCAAUAUAGUUUAACCAAACAUGAAAAGCCUUAAACUGAGGUGGCUGCAUAAGUAAGAAUAUGUUGGUAGAACUGUACUAAACAUGACGUUGAAACAGUAUACUUUCAGACAGUGUACCGUAACUUGAGAGAGUACAGGGUUCUCACGUCUCUCUAUUUUGGAUCCCACGAGCCAUCAUAUAAGUCACGCCAUACAAAUUAGGCCUGAAAAGGCCGGAACAGUUGUCCUUCCUGCCAGGCUUCUUGAAGUCGUGGUUUACUUUUUUUGAAACGAUUACUUUUUUGUUUGUCUGAAAAGUUUUACCGUCAUUGCCAUCAACACUGUCGCCUUGGUACACAUUCUGUGGCUUAAAAGUUCCAUUUUUACCAUCUAGAGAUCGCUUUUUGCGUGCUAACCACUUUGAGAUUUAACUUUCACCUAGGGGGAUGUGCACUUUGACCCGUCCAACGAAGGCGAUAUCUAUCUUCCGUUUGUACGUUCGACUUAUAACAGGUGCGAUUUACGUCUUUCUUUUUAAAUAAAGAUAUCAUUUCAUGUUGCUAUUUUUUUAUUUUUCUUAGUACUUAAACAUCGGUGUGUUUCUCACUGAGCUCAAUUUCCUUGAUACUUAAUUCACUUAAUUUUCAAUUAGCGUCUCCUUGAUUAAUUUGUAUUCUGAUAACUUACAACACUAAUUACCAAAACUCCCAUUUCUAUUACAGUGCAUUUAACCCAUUAACCCCUAAGAGUGAUAAGCAUAUGAUUUCUCGCUACAAUAUCACCCCCAAAUCACACAUUUAGGUAAUGAGAACAAAGGAAAUGGCUACCAACUAGAAAAGCUCUGGAUUAUGAAACAAAUUCUCCUCGUCAGCACCUUAGGGAAUGUAUAGGGAACAGUAUGGAGAAUAUGCAUACUGAUGUUAGGGUGUGAAGGGUUAAUGGCCGGGAGUAAUUGAAUGAUGCCGUCGUUGUGUGAUAUUUCUGUAAAGUAUCUUUUAUUCAAGCAAAUGAUCUCUUGGUCAAUUUUUUUUUGUGGAAGUCCCUGGUAACCAUCCUAUUUAGAAAGAGUAAUUUAGCGUUAUCAACUGCGUUUUUAACAUAAAUUGGCCACCGUAAAGAGUUUCGAAUCGGACGUUUUGAGCGCUAGCCCUUCGUCAGAGCACCUGUUAUACUCUCCCACAGACGCAGCAACACAGUUUCUUUAGAAACUUACCAUCUUAACUAUUUGGAAAGGAUCCUUUUCUGGAAACAAGAGAUAAGUGCCUGGUCCUUGCAAACGCCUCGUUCAGAAAAGGCAUACUUUCGUGAGCCCACAACCUGAAAAAGGCCUCUUCCUCCCCCCGAGCCAUAUAGAAUCAUUGCGAUACGUGAUUCCACCUUAGUUCGGAGAGCAAGUAAUAGUGCUGCUCCCAUGUUUCGUGCGAGUGUUUAGUACAAUAGGAAAAUAAAUCGUGUCAAUAAUCUGUCCCAUUUCGACUCGAAACUUUUUAAUGUUCUUAAUUAUUUAAUCAUAAAAUUUUGGUAUUAUUAUGAUUGUUAUUACUUUCAGGUGCACUGGGCGUCACUCAGACACUCCGAGACAGCAAGUUAACAAACUAACUUCAUAUAUCGACGGUUCAGUCGUUUACGGUUCAUCAGAAUCAAGAAACAGAGCAUUACGAGAAUUCAAGGAUGGCAAAUUGAAGCUUGGGUCAGAUGGACUUAUACCGGUGAGUAAUAGGUCUCUGUGAUCAACGUGACCGUCUCUUCCAAUUUCGCACCCUUAGCUGAUUGUUUUUUUGGCAGCAGUUUUUCUUAUGCUAAAGCAAGUAUCAUUCCGCUUGUUUUCAUAAUGAAAAUCUGCAAUGCAUUAUACAGGACAAUGUAUUAUACAUUUGCAUUUAUCUUUGUGUAAACGUGAACUCGGGUACAAAUGCGCUAGCGAGAGAAUGGUAUAUCCACGCGUUCAUUGGGUUGGUUUUGCUUCAUAACAGUUCAUAUCCGCUUUCCCUGGAAUUUGUUUCGCAUUUAUUUUAUAUUUGCGUCGCAUACGUCUUACAAGUAUUCCCAGAAGUUCUUAUGAUUUGCUUUGGAUAUCAGCAUUACUCCAGUACACUCGCGAUGAGAGCUGACAAACUCGGUAUUACACUUGCGUUCAAAAAGGGAACAUAUAGCAGUUAGAAAGGAGAAUUGAAAUGACCAUGUUUUGUUUAUGAGUUAUUUGGAAAAAAGUAUAUUUCACGUCAAAUUAAGUUAUACUCUCUACAUGAUAUAUCACUGAACUUGCUGCUUUAACUAUAUUUCAAAUGUCAGUCUUAAAUUGUGUGUUUCUGAGCAGAAAAACACGAUGGCUUUGGAAAAUGACAAUCCUCUAGGCCGUGAUCCAAACAGUUUAUUGGUUGCUGGGGACUCACGAGCUAAUGUUCAGCCAAUGUUAAUCGCAUUCCACACUCUCUUUGUUCGGGAGCAUAACCGGCUCUGCGAUGAAUACAAGAAAAUACAUCCUCAGGUAAAGCUUAUCUGCAAGGCAAAGAAUCAUAAAAUGAAUGCUAAUCAAUGGAUUUGCAUGCCUUUCAAGGGGGAGUGUCAUCAUAAGUAACUUACUUUCAAGCACAACAUUUGAUGAAAGUUUACAAGGUCCCGUGAUUUAUUGUCAAACACUAACAAUCGAAUUUUGUGGCUGUAGAACUAUGAGUCAUCCUACCGUUAAGACUAAAGCCAAUAAAAACGAUAACAAUUUGAUACAAUGAUUCCUUUUAUGAUGAAAGCAAAUGGUAACAUCAGGUAUAAGAGGAACUCACAUUCUUUUAAACAAAAUAAAAAAUAUUGAAGAUAUCUAAUAGGUUUCAGUUUAUACUCUCUCUAUUCCACACAAUUGCAUCGCCAGUCACACCUCUCUAUUCAUCAAGAGAGCUAAAGGCUAAACUGGUCAGUUGGACUGGUCCGUUGCACAUUUAGAUUCCCCUCUCUAAUUGAAUGGCUUACGAAAGUGUGAAAAAUCGUCGAGAAUGAUUCCUCAAUCCAAAAUUUGACUGGCUAGUCGGUCAGUUAAAAACAAUGGCAACUGACCAAAGGCUCCUUCCUAUAAAUCACUAAAACCAAUUCAUUAUAUCACUCAGUAAUAUGGCUGACAAUGCUUUAUUCCCAGGCCACAGAUGAACAGUUGUUCCAAGCUGCACGUCGUAUGGUAGCGGCUGAACUUCAGGCCAUCACGUUCCGUGAAUAUCUGCCGGCGCUAUUGGGUGGGACUAAACACAUACCACCUCACCAGGGGUAUAACAACAGUAUAAACGUGGGAAUGAGCAACAUAAUGGCCACAGCAGCUUACAGGUAAUGUUCGAAUUACGGAUCACAGAUUUAACUUAAGGAAAAUAUGCUUCCUUUUGAAUUAUUUUGGUUAUUAUUUUAUAACACGAGUAGCACCUUUGGGAAUUUAAAGUGGAACAGUGUGGAUACGAGAGGCACAAUUUCCUAGUAUUUUCUCAUGUGACUGGCAAGCACCAAGAUUUCCUUUAUAAACAUAUUUUUAGUCACCUCAAUAGUUUGUCAUCCCAUGUUGGUGAUUAGAAAGGUUUGUAUUUUGAACUACAUCUGAAUGUACAUGUAGUUUACUCUGACAUUAUCAACAUUUUUUAAUUUCCAAACAAGACUUUUUUUCGGAACUGAAGGGAAAAUUGAUAGACACCAUUCGAUAAUCACAGCGCAGAGGACUUAACCAUGGUCUAUUUUCUCUCCGAAAGUUUACCAUACUCUGCCUUUCUUUCAUGCUAGGUUUGGUCAUAGCCAAGUUAACACUCACCUGUGGAGGCUUGAAGAGGAUGGUUCGAUUUCUCCUAACGGCCAUCUUCCUCUAAGAGACGCCUACUUUGCACCCGAAAGAGUAUCAAGGGAGGGUGGGAUUGACCCUCUUUUCAGGGGAGCGGUAAAACAAGCCGCGCAGGAGAUCGAUUUAGAGGUUUGAUUUUUUUCCCUUUUUAAAAUUGAUGUUCACCAUUCAUUGCAAAUAUACGUGGUCAUGAAACUUUUUGGCUCUUUGUUAUCCGUAAUAACUCAAUUAAUACUUAUUCACAUUCCAGAUCAAGUGAAAUUGUGUCCUCUGAUGACGAAUGCUUUUUCGCAUUUCAAAAAAAAAGAAACCGCCGGUUUGGUUGUAUUUUCCACUCGGUCAAACUAGCAGAUUUUACCAAAUUACAAGGCAUCCAUCAUCAGGAUGAGUUCUUCUUAGUUUGACCCGAUGCAACCAUUGUUAAACUGAUGCGCGUAACUUUAAUAACAUGCAAUUGUGUUAUGAUGUUCACAAUUCCAUCGUAACGAAAGGUUUGUGACUUCUUUUCUGUACUUUUAACAACAGAUGGUGGAUGACAUGCGAAACGUUUUAUUUCCAUCUGGUAAUAAGGCUGGUUUGGAUUUAGCGGCUAUGAACAUCCAGCGUGGAAGAGAUCAUGGUUUACCAGACUAUAAAUCUGUCAAGAAGGCCCUUGGAUUAAAAGGUUUUUGCUUUGGAGACGUAGUUUUCCUUUCUUAACAGGCAUUUUUUUUGAAAUGAAAUUUUUUUGCUUUGAAUUUAUUGAAUGUGUGAAGUAAUUCCUGACAAUGAGCAACUAGUUAGACUGUGGCUGAAAAAAACGUGCCAUUCACAGAGAAAGCGUUUACGCUUUGAAGAGGGAGGUAGGUAAAUCCGCCGAUCCGAGUUAUGCGUUACUCGCUGAGCUUUGAAUUUACUUUAAAUGAGUGCUUAUUUGCAUGCUUUGAUUUUCUUCUCCAAUAACUGGAGUUUCCUUAACGUUUUUUUUCUUUACUGGUGUUGGAGUAAACUUUUAGCAGAACAAAUCAUUAUUGAAUUGCAAUCCGGUUCGGCCCGAGAACUGAAAAUCCUACCUAACAAUACACUAACAACCGACCGAGAAAUAGUGUGGGUGAAAUAUUGUUUGCGUUAAUGAAAUAACAAAUCAUUAUUCAAUAGAGAUUCAAACCUUCCACGACAUCACAAACAACUCCAGGAUUUCCCAGAAGAUGGAAGAUAUCUACCAAGAUUUGGACACUGUUGACUUAUGGGUAGGGGGUUUAGCUGAAGACCACGAAGACGGUAGUGAACUGGGAGAGACAUUUAGAACGUAUGUAGCAUCCAUUUUAAUGACUUAUAAAAUAAAUUUUUAAGCGCGAAAAUAAUAAGUUUGUUAUUCUUGGGGAAAGCAGCAGAUAGAUAAGAGGUAUUGCUAACUAUCACACUUUCAUUCCCUAUCGCCAUGAUAAUGACUGCGUGGAAAUAGGUUUCAUGAUAGUGCUCGCCUACAGCUUUUUAAGCCUCUUUGAAAAAACUUGAAGCCUAGACUUGUGAGUAUUCAAGUAUUCGAGUCUCACACCUUGUAAUUCCAGAGUCAGACGCUGCUGUAUUGGUGAAGAGCUUUCUGCAUACUACUGGGAAAAACAUCAUGGAAAUAUUGCAUCGACGAUCGUAAAUUUAGGCUUAGCGUCAUUUUAUAAUAUGUAAGGAAGCAUUUUUGUAAAUGAUCCAUUUCAAAAUUUCAGAAUUGUGAUGCGAAACUUUUUGAGGAUCAGAGAUGGAGAUAGAUUCUGGUAUGAAAGCUAUCUCUCCAAGGAGGUAAUUACACAGCUACUCUUUUAGCCUAAUAAUAAUAUUCUCGGGAAACUAGAAUGGAAGCUCAUUUUGAGUGAAAUAAAUGCGAUCUGCUUAUUUUCUUGAUUACUCCGAACUCUUUUGUGUGCUGUAUUUCUGUCAUUUAUUUCUGUUUUGAGUCUACUUCUGUUACCACCCAACUUCCUUUGUUUGAAAGAAGUUAAGAGAGUCUGAGUCAUUAAUAAUUUUAAAUCUUUAUCGACAGGAGAUCGACACAAUUCACUCUCUAACGCUCAGCAAGAUCAUCCGCCUAAACAGUGGAUUUAAGAGCGCUCCAGAUAACAUAUUCUUUUCCACGGAGCAUUGUUCAACAGUCACAAAUUUUUGGUGCAUUCCCCAUAAAGAGACUGAAAUAGGAAACUGCACAGAUAUUCAGCAAACGCUGUGGACUCUAAGGCAAGAGUUAAAAAGGCAAAAGGAUAUUUGUAGGAUUGACAGUGACGUUUCCAAUACAACGACACAACAAGAACCCCCAAGGUCUGCUUUAUUUUACAUUUCAAUCAGCCUCGCGCUAGUCGCUCUGUUUUUUCUUGCUCUCUUUCUUCGUGUGUGGAUCCAACUUCGGCGAAAACAGAAAGCUGAAGCAGAGAAAAAUAUUGGGCAUGAACUGAAUUCUCGUGAUAACUUUGUAUUUUAG